GCGGGACGGGCUUCUUGGCCCCAGCCUCGCCUAGUCGCUUCCCCCCGACUACGACGACGCCUCCUCCUCCUCUUCCUCCAUUUUGCUGCCUGCGCAGCCUGAGGGGACUCUGAGAUUUGUGGCUUUGCUGGUUCAGAAUGUCUUAUCCAGGAUAUCCUCCUUCAGGCUACCCCACUUUCCCUGGCUAUCCUCCUACAGGGCAAGAGUCUGUUUAUCCUGCUGCUGGUCAGUAUUCUUACCCUACUGUGCCUGGAGGCUUCCCACCUAUGGGAGGCGGUGCAUAUCCUGCUGCCCCACCGUCUGGAGGAUUCCCAGCAACGGCAGGAUACCCACCUGCAUCUGGAGGAUAUCCCCCCGCACCCAGUGGAUACCCUGGGGCUCCUCAGCCUGGUGGAAUGCCAACGUAUCCUGGAGGUGCAGGGUUUGGGACACCCUCAAAUGUUUCUGGCUUUGGCUAUCCACAACCUCCAUCCCAAAUGUAUGGUGGAGGUGCACCCGCACAAAUACCAGUUGGGUAUCCUGGUGGACAAACAUCUACCCCCACACCUCAGCCUGCAGCAAUGAUUCAAGCUACACAAGGCACAAUUAGACCAGCUGCUAACUUUGAUGCAGGGAGAGAUGCUGAAAUUCUCCGCAAGGCUAUGAAGGGUUUUGGGACGGAUGAACAGGCCAUAAUUGAUGUUGUGGCCAAUCGCUCCAACAGUCAGAGGCAACAAAUUAAGACUGCUUUCAAAACCAUGUAUGGCAAGGAUUUAAUUAAAGAUCUGAAGUCAGAACUAAGUGGAAACAUGGAAGAGCUGAUCCUUGCAUUGUUCAUGCCAACUACCUAUUACGAUGCCUGGAGUUUACGACAUGCCAUGAAGGGUGCAGGCACGGAGAAUGUACUGAUUGAGAUUCUUUGCACAAGGACAAAUCAAGAGAUUCAAGAAAUAAUCAGAUGCUACAAAAGUGAAUUUGGAAGAGACAUUGAGCAAUAUCCUUCUGAUACAUCAGGGCACUUUGACGAUUAUCUUGUAUCUAUGUGUCAGGGUAAUCGGGAUGAAAACCCAACUGUAGAUUAUCAAAAAGCUCAGCAAGAUGCUCAAAGGCUUUAAGCAGGUGAAGGAAAACUGGGAACAGAUGAAUCUUUCAAUAUGGUCCUGGCAUCUAGAAGCUUUCCCCAGCUGAAAGCCACUGUUGAAGCCUAUUCUCAGGUUGCUAACCGUGAUUUAUUAAGCAGCAUUGGACGGGAGUUUUCAGGAAAUGUUGAACGUGGCCUGAAGGCUAUCUUGCAGUGUGCUCUGAAUCGCCCAGCUUAUUUCGCAGAGAGACUUUAUCAUGCCAUGAAAGGAGCUGGCACAGAUGAUUCAGCCCUGGUUAGAAUUGUAGUCACUCGCAGUGAGAUUGAUCUUGUACAGAUAAAACAGAUGUUUACUCAGAUGUACCAGAAGACUUUGGGCACAAUGAUAUCAAGUGACACAAGCGGAGACUACAGGCGCUUGCUCUUGGCCAUCGUUGGCCAGUAGAGAGCACCACCUCCAGAUAAAUCAAAUGGAGCAGAAACGGUCUAGCACUGCAUAUAAGUUAUCCUAGAAAAUGCAAAUAAGUAUGCUUUGGUUGAUUUGAAGCAAUUUUAUUUUGCACAUAUAAAAUGCCUUAAAUUUAACUCAAAUUAUGUAUAUUAUAAUAUAAAAUAAGAUACAUGCUACCUAAGCUGUUUGACAGGUCUUUUUAAUUUUUUUGUUAUGUCUAACAACACUUUAAUAUAAAUCAUACUUCUUAUCUGAAGCUUUCAUAGUGCAAAAACAUAGACAUAUCCUCAAAGGACAUUCCAGUCUGCUUCUGUGUAGAAAAUUAUUUUAACAGGAAACCCAUUCUUUCAGUUUCAGUCUCAAUGUAGACAACCCAGCACCAUCCGUGCAUAAGAAAAAACAUAGCAUCAAGGUUAGGGGCAUCCUGUGGUUUGCAGAAGAACAAUAGCAAUAGCAUAAACCAGGGGGAAUAAUGAAGGGGAAUCCCCACACUGCCCUGCAGGGAUUGAGGAUGCUCAAAGGCACAGAACAGCAAGCAUCUGUUGGAGGAAAAAGAGUGGGUGCGCAUGUACAUGCAGGUGUGGAAUGGAUUAUCCUAGAAGGUGGCACGGCUGACUGGCCCAUGGUUACCCUGGAAUUGGCACACUGGAAGAUUUUGCUGCAUGCUUUGCUUGUCGGCUGUAAACUAGUUAUAAACUGGAAGGAUACAGCCAAAAAAAAAAAAAGUGCUAGCAUGGCUAUUGCACAAAUACCAGCAAAAGCAUUACUAGUGUUUUCUGUCCUGUGUUUAUAAAGCAAAGCUGUAUUUAUACAAAAGGAGCAGUUAAAACAACUUGAUGAAAAUGUAUAUGGAAAUGGUGUGAUAUUCAAAAAGUGUAAACCAAAGCUACCAGAAUGAAAUACUUGUUGGUAAUUUUUUCUUUUUAGGAUAUAGGACAUGGGUAGGCAAAUGCGGAAUGGGAAGGGUCCAUCCCCACCCUCACCCUCCAUGCCUGCCUAGUAUUUCAGCACACCAGAAGUUAUGUAAUGGUAUUUCCAGCUGCCAUUUUUUAAUAUUUUUUUUUCCUUUGGGGUAUUUUGGGGGCUCUGGGGUGGCUGGGGAAGCAAGCCACUGAAUUUGCAGGUAGUUUGAGUGCUUUUGGAAUGUUUGGGGAAAACAGUGCCCCUAAAUCAGCCCCCAAACCUAAAUUUUGGGAGGUUUGUGGGGCUAUAUGUACAGGUUCCUAGGGCUGCAUCUGGCCCAUGAGGCUGCACUUUGCCCACUCAUGAUGUAGAAUGAUAUUUUAACUGCCUUCAUGCAAAAAUAAACUUGCACAUAUAUCAAAAUAAA